AUGGCUAAUCUAGUCGAAAUAAAGAUUUUAGAAAAUUAAGAGCAAUUAUUACUUUUACUCCCUAAAAUUAAAGAAGCCCUUAACCUUCGUAAAGAAGUAACUGUUACUUGGAGGAAGACCUAGCAAGAUAUAGAUGAAGAAACUUUUAAUAGUUGUCGUCCAAUUAAGGAUGAAAAUUAAUACAGAAUUUUAGAAAAUUUAACGAAGAGAAUAUCUCCUUAAAAUAGUCUCUAUAAUGAAAGGUAUGAAUAAAUUUGAUAUCAAGUUUAUUGACUAUGAUGGUGUACGAUGUAGAAUUAAAAAAUUAUUAAAAAAUUUAAUUGAAUAUCAAAAAAAUAAAUCGCUCCUCUCUCAAAGAGAAUUUGAAAUUACAAACCUAAUAAAUUGAAAUUCUGAAGAGCAUUAAGAGACAACUCAAAGCAGUAGUCAAAAUUGAAGACAAGUUAACUUUGAUUACAAUGCUUGAACAGGAAAACAUGCUAUCAAAGGAGGAACUUAAAUUACUAUUUGUAAUUUUAAUAUUCUUUAUUCUAGCAAAAAAUUAAGCCUUAAUUAAAUGAAGACAGAGCAACUUCCAUUUGGUUCUAAGAAAAGAUUCAAAUUUAUGAAAAGCAGAACAAAAUACUACUUGGCGAGAUUUAUGAACAUUACAUUUAAGAAUAAGACUUUGAAAAGGCUAAAACAUACUUUUUACAAAUGAUUAACUAAACAGAAUCUGAUUUAAAUUAUGAAGAGAUUGAAUCUGCAUACUAAUAAAUUAAAAGAGAAAACGAAUAAAUUUUAGAAGAGAUCAAAGAAACAGAAGAAAUUCUUAAUAAUAAUUUAAAUAAUUAAGAUAUCAAUUUAUUUUAAAAAUUAAUAGAAUUAAAAACAAAUUUAGGUGCUCCUAUUACAGAAAUGUUAAUUGAUUAUUAAAAAUUAGCCUAAGGAUUAAUUUCAGGCAAAGAAUUUUCCUUUGCAAUUUAAAUUAUAAAAACUUGUAUGGAGAAAAUAUAAUUAGAAGUGUUAGUAAAUUAUCAUUCUAAACUAAUCUUUUAUGAAUCAAUCUUUUAUGAAUUACUUGGAGACUGUUAUCGUUUCUAUGAAGAAUCUUAGUUAGCCAUUGAUGCUUAUGAAGAUUCUAUUUCUCUAAAAAAAGAAAUUCAACAUAAAACUGAUCCUAAAUGGGUAAUUUACAUUAACUUGCAUAUCGCUGCGCUGCAUUUUAAAUUAAAAAAUUAUUAAUUGGCUUUGGAAAUCUACUUAAAAGUAUUAAGCCUUUAGGAGGCUGAUGUAAGAGAAAAAAACUAGUACUAAUCUCUUGGAUCAACUUAAUAUAAUAUUGCUACUGUAUAUUUUAAUUUAGGAAAACAAGAAUUGGCUGAAUAAUUUUGUGAAUAAGCUAUCUCAAACAUGACUCCAUAAUUAGAUGAUGAUGAUUCUAUGAUAAAGAAAGCAAAAACAUUAAAAGAAAAAAUCACAUAUUUAAAACAUUCCCGGUAGAGUCCACGAAAAUAGUGA